GUGAAGAACCCUGGUCCGUCUCUACAUCUCUCGCACUCGAAGCCCGUCUCUCUUACUCUCUUCUCGGCGUGUUUCAUUCUUCCGUUGCAGCUCAGUAUAUUCUGCUUCUCGUGAUUCUACAUGGAGAGCUUUGCAAUGGAGGAGCCAGGGUUUAUUCCCGAAGAUUUUGGCGAGUGGAUGCUCUCUCGGUUAUCGCAGUCAAGCCGACCAGAUCAUCAACAUCUAUGUGCCAUCAUUACAGAGCUGUCAAAUAGUUUAAAAGAAAAGAAUCUACCUCAGACCCCUGUGGCUUUCUAUGGCGCCACAGCCAGCUCGCUUGAUCAUCUCUUGUCUGCUGACGCAGCUCCGCCAUCAGUUGUUGUUGAGCCUCAUAUUUUUAUCUUGUCUCUUGUGUUCCCUAGAGUCUCAGCUGCAAUACUUAAGAAGGAUGGUCUUGCUUUGCGUCUCGUUCGUAGUGUUCUGUGUUUGAGUUCUGCCUCAUCAAACUCGUUGGCUUCGGGGUUGAAGUGCUUGUGUCAUCUCUUGACAAACGUAGAGCUCCUUAGUGGCAAGGAAGGUCCGGAGUCAUACAGUGUGUUGCUUAGUUAUGUAAUCCAUUCAGAUGUCAAGGUGAGAAGGCAAGCACACUUGUGUCUUAGAGAUAUCUUGCAGAAGACUCAUGGAACAAAAGCAAUGCAACCCGCUAGCGAAGCAAUUGCAAAACUGUUCCAGAAGUAUCUUGAUCUUGCCGCUAAAUCAGAAGCAGAGUCUUCUGAAGGACCUAGGGGGGCACAUGAAGUGCUGUAUAUUCUCGAAGCCUUGAACGAGUGUUUGGCUUUGAUGUCAAAGAAGUACAUGGCAUCUGUGGUUGAGCGCUUCAACACGUUGUUGAUGCUGCGUCAACCAUUUGUUACCAAGCCAGUGAUGGAUUCUUUAAAUGCAAUCUGUCUUCACCCGACCUCUGAACUUCCUGUUGAUAUAUUGAUCGAAGUGUUAUGUUUUGCCGCUGUUUGGUUCUCAACUGAAGAAACGUCUGCUGAUGUCAUGACUUUCACAUCUCGGCUACUGAAAGUUGGAAUGACGAGGAUUUUUGCCCUAAACAGGGAUCUUUGUGUGGUCAAGCUUCCUGUCGUGUUCAAUGGACUAAAAGACAUUCUGGCAUCUGAACAUGAGGAGGCCAUCCACGCAGCUAUGGAUGCCUUGAAGAGCUUGAUACAUUCAUGUAUCGAUGAACACUUGAUCAGAGAAGGUGUCAACAGAAUCCGGAACCCAAACUUGGAUGUUAGGAAGUCUACUCCAACGACCAUCGAAAAGCUGUGUGCAACUGUUGAGAAUUUGCUUGAUUACAAGUACAGUGCAGUUUGGGACAUGUCUUUUGAAGUAGUUUCAGCCAUGUUUGAUAAAUUAGGGGAGCACUCUUCGUAUUUUAUGAAGAACACACUCAGGAACUUGUCAGAUAUGCAACAUCUUCCUGAUGAAGAUUUUCCAUACAGAAAGCAGCUGCACGUGUGUGUAGGAUCCGCUCUUGGCGCCUUGGGGCCUGAAACAUUUUUGAGCAUUUUGCAUUUAAACCUGGAGGCUAACGAUCUGUCAGAAGUAAAUGUUUGGCUCUUUCCAAUCCUGAAGCAGUACACUGUUGGAGGACAGUUAAGUUUCUUUACAGAGACUAUAUUGGGUAUGGUUGAAAUGAUGAGUCAAAAGGCUCAGAAGCUUAAGCUUCAAGGUCGCCCUACGGCAUCAAGAAGUGUGGAGGCUCUCAUAUAUGCGUUGUGGUCGUUAUUACCUUCAUUUUGUAACUAUCCUGUUGAUACUGCGGAGAGUUUCAAGGAUCUGCAACAAAUAUUGUGUAGAGUCCUGCAAGAACAGUCUGAUAUCCGUGGAAUCAUAUGUGCGAGCUUGCAUAUCCUGGUUCAACAAAAUAAGGAAAUUACGGAGGGUAGGGAAGUGUCUGUGGAUGAUGUCUUUCCCGCUACACAACGAGCUAUAGCACGUUACACCCCACAGUAUGCAGCAAAUAAUUUGAAGGUUAUGCAGUUGCAUGCUCCUAGUUUGCUUUCUAUUUUGUCAAGAAUCUUCCAUGAAUCUGGAAAAGAUGAUGGUGGUUCCCUGCAGUCUGCAAUAGGCGACUUGGCUUCCAUAGCAGAGAAAAAAGUUGUUACAAACUUACUCUUGAGAACACUGAAGGAGCUUUUGAAGGUUACAAGAGAUGCAACAAAGGCUGAAAGCUCUGUUAAUCAGAUGGAGACCUAUGAUGCCUCCAAAAGAUCUCCAUCUGUCUUGAGGGCAAGGCUGUUGGAUCUGUCAGUUUCUCUUUUACCGGGUUUAGAUGCAAAUGAGGUAGAUGCAGUAUUCAGUGCAAUAAAGCCUGCUUUACAGGAUGGUGAAGGCUUAGUUCAAAAGAAAGCAUACAAAGUUCUUUCGAUAAUCUUGAAGAACUCUGAUGGAUUUCUUUCAUCCCACCUCGAGGAGGUGCUUGCGCUUAUGAUUGAAGUGUUGCCUUCGUGUCAUUUCUCUGCCAAGCACCACAGGCUUGAUUGCCUCUACUUCUUGAUAGCGCGUGCAUCAAGAACUGAUAAUUCAGAGCAGAAAAGGCACAAGAUUGUUUGUUCUUUUCUAACAGAAGUUAUACUUGCUCUGAAGGAGGCUAACAAGAAAACAAGAAAUAGAGCCUAUGAUGUGCUUGUUCAGAUCGGUCAUGUGUAUGGGGAUGAGGAAAAUGGUGGAAACAGUGAAAAUUUGCUUCAGUUCUUCAAUAUGGUGGCUGGUGGAAUGGCCGGAGACACUCCUCAUAUGAUUAGCGCUGCUGUUAAGGGCUUAGCUCGUUUGGCAUAUGAGUUUUCCGAGCUCGUGUGCUCUGCUUACAAUUUGCUUCCGUCAACAUUUCUUCUCCUCGAAAGAAAAAAUAGGGAAAUUAUAAAAGCAAACCUAGGUUUAUUGAAGGUAUUAGUAGCUAAAUCUCCCGUUGAAGGACUACAAGCACAUUUGAAGAGCAUGGUGGAAGGAUUACUGAAGUGGCAAGACGAAACUAAAAACCAUUUUAAGGCCAAGGUGAAACUUCUACUGGAGAUGCUUGUUAGCAAAUGUGGUCUGGAAGCUGUGAAGUCUGUGAUGCCUGAGGAGCACAUGAAGCUCCUCACAAACAUACGAAAGAUCAAGGAACGUAAAGGGAAAAAACUCGCAGCGAGUUCUGAUGAAAGUAAAUCACACUUUUCAAAAGCAACUACGUCCAGGGGUAGCCGGUGGAAUCAUACCAAAAUAUUUUCUGAUUUUGGUGAUGAUGAUGAGGACAGCGAUGCUGAGUACAUGGGCGUGAAAUCACGUCGCUCGUUGCAGAAAUCUAAGGCGUUGUCAUUAAGAUCGAAGAGGAAUCACCACAAGAGCCUUCCUGAAGACCUACUAGAUCAGUUAGAAGAUGAACCACUCGACUUGCUCGAUCGGUCCAAAACAAGAUCAGCCCUACGAUCAUCCGAGCUCCGCAAACGGAAAUCUGACUCAGAUGAAGAACCAGAAUUCGACUCUGAAGGACGAUUAAUCAUCCGGGAAGGAGACAAACCUAGAAAGAAGGCACUAUCCGAUCCAGACUCGGAUGCCAGGAGCGAAGCUGGAAGCCACUUCUCUGCGGGCUCAUCAAGGAAGAUCCAAAAACGAAGAAAGACAUCAGAAUCCGGAUAUGCCUACACGGGCAGUGAGUAUGCGAGCAAGAAGGCGAGUGGAGACGUGAAGAGGAAAGAUAAGCUUGAGCCAUAUGCUUAUUGGCCAUUGGACCGUAAGAUGAUGAGUCGUAGACCCGAGCAGAGGGCUGCUGCCAUCAGGGGCAUGUCCAGUGUCGUCAAGCUAACGAAGAAACUGGAAGGGAAGAGUGCUGCGGCAGCUCUCGCCACCUCCAAAUUCGCGAAAUUCAAAAGGGUUCAGAAGAAAUCAACGGGGAAGAAGAAAGCAAACAAGAAGUGAAUUUUUGUUCGUAUAUAGGAACUUAGGUAUUUCAACACUCUGGGAGGUUUGAUGGACUUAUUUUCGGAGUGGAAUGUUAUGUAUGGGAUUUUGCCACUUUUUUGGGUUGUUCUGUUCAGAAUUCAGAGUUUAUUUUGCAUCCAAAUUAUACAAAUUCCAAACUGAUCCAAAAUUAA